AUGUUCGCCCUCUCCGAAGAGUCCAAGGAGCGCAUUGGCAAGAUCAUUGAGAUCUCCCGUAUUGCCAUUCACUACGGCUACCUCCCUCUCGUUCUCUACCUCGGCUACACCCGCAGCGAGCCUCGUCCCGCCUUCAUCCGGCUUGAGAUAUUUUGGAUGCUAGCCAACAUUUGGGGGAUGACACACCGGAUCACUGGCAAUGGUGAUGAGGAAAAUGCAGGCCGCGGCUCCGGCGCAUUGUACAACUACAUAUGUAAUCAAAUGAAACCUCUCUGA